AUGAAUGGCGUUCAGAUUCCUAACAAGGCUGCUCUGCUCUGCAAUGCUAAGCUUGUUGUGAAGGAAGACAAGCCAAGACGGAUGACUCCGUCGGUUUUCACCCAGGAGAUGUUGCAGUCCACAGAGGAGCGCCUGGCUAACACCACUGAGGUGCACCAACCUCGUAUCCUGGAGUUUCUUGGCACGGGCAUGACUCCGCAUGGAAAUUUUUCCUUGGUGGAUAUACAGCAGCCACUUUUCCAGCCGUACCCGUCUGAGCUGGUCUUCCAGAACUUCACUCCUGCACAGACCUACAAGUUACCGCUGCUCCUCCUCAACAGUGACAAGGUUUCCCGGCAAGUGAUGCUGCAGCAGCAGGACUCUGAGUAUUUCUGUGUGAUCGGUCCAGAUGAUGCAGGUAGAAAGGUUGCCCCGGGAUUACCUGCCACUUACACCGUCUGCUUCACUCCACAAGAGAACAAGGACUAUGACCACACACUCAUUUGUGUGACAGAGCGGGAGCGCUUUGAGAUCCCAGUCCGUGCCAUCGGGCCUCGCGCCAUUCUAGACUUUCGUGAUGAGAUUCAUUUACCCGUUUGUCCUGUGAAAAGUUACGCAGAGAAAACUCACCUUGUCCGCAACAUGGGAAACAGGGAGGCCAAAUUCAGCUUACACACACAGAGGCCUUUCUCAGUGACACCCUCCUCUGGGACUCUGGAUGUAGGCGAGAGCAUGCAGGUGACUGUGGGUUUCCACCCCAUGACCACAGGAGACCAGAGGCAGGACCUGCUUCUGCACUACCACACUGGUGAAGAUGUGUACAUCAGCUUAUAUGGGUCCUGUGAAGAACUGGACAUCCGUCUGGUACCUGACUCUGCCCGGCUGACUGACACCUACAUCUCUAUGGCCAGUGGACACAAAGUGUCGCUCACCAACAGCAGCAACACAACUCUUCAGUACUGUUGGACAGUGUUGCCCAGCCAGCAACAGGAGGACCAGAGCCUAUUGAGGGAGAGCUCGGUGCUCCGGCAGAAGGAGGGGGUGGAGGAGGAGGGGGAGCGGCUGCUUUUUCAACACGAGUCCGACCCAGUGCUCCAUUACCUCCCGCUGCUGUCCAGAGCCUUGCAGGAAUGCAGAACCCAGGCUGCAAAGGACUGUCUGCUGGCCCUCUCACACAGCUGCAUCACCAUGGACCCAGUGGAGGGUGAAAUCUGGCCCGGCACCACAGCAAACUUCCACGUUGUGUUCAAGCCCGAGGAGGCCAAACUUUACCAGCAAACCAUUUACUGUGACAUCACAGGCCGUGAAUCACGCUUACCUCUCACAAUCAAGGGGGAAGGUUUAGGACCUAACGUGCAACUCGACUAUAACCUGAUGAACAUAACAAACGUAUUUAUAGGGGAAAAACUCCAAUAUGAGGUGCAAGUGUCAAACACAGGGCUGAUUGAUGCUCCUUUCAAGUUGUCGAGGCCCGACACCACUUUUGGCCGCUGUUUCUCCUUCAGCCCCGAGGAAGGUGUUGUUCCCCCCGGGGCCUGCCAGAUUGUGAAAGUCACCUUCCACAGUUGCGUCUUGGGGGCUGUCUCGGAGGAUUUGCUGCUAACUGUCACAGGACAGCCUCAGCCACUUACCUUGACCUUUAGGGGUUCUGUCGUCGUCCCCACAUUCCACUUCAAUGUUUCAGAGCUCAAUUUUGGAGAUGUACCCUUUGGUUUCCCUCAAACAUUGACCUGUACCCUCUUCAACACCUCCUUUGUUCCUAUGACGUUUGCCCUGCGCGUCCUGGGAGACGGGUUGGGGUCUCCCAGCGUUACUGCUGCAAAACAGGUAUCUGACGUGUCGCACAGGAAUUGGCAAGGCCACACCGCUAGAGACCUUCAUGCACUGCCUGCAGAGUGCACUGUCAGCCCUGAUUCCAACUUUGUGCGUGCCAUGUCAGACGUCACCUUUAAGGUGACGCUGUGCUCCAACACGGUGAAGAGAUACCGGCUGGGGCUGACAGUGGACGUUGAAGGUGUUGGGAGGGAAAUCCUGACUCUGCCCAUCAACGCCAGGUGCGUUGUGCCUGAGAUUGUGGCAAAGCCUUCAGUGUUGGACUUUCAAAGGUGCUUCCUCGAUCACCCCUACGACCAGUCAGUGCAGCUGACCAACCCCAGCAACAUGGCUGCCUGCUAUGGCAUACUGGAUCAGGAAUAUGAGGAAAGUCCCUCUCUGGUUUUUGGCAGUUUAGAGCCCAGAGGAGUGAUUCCUCCGGGCUCCUCAGUGAAGCUUCCUGUGUUUCUGCUCGCUCAGGCUGUUGGAAAGCUGCAUCACACUCUACGCAUCGCUGUGUUCGGCAGCCUCCAGCCUCCCCUGGAGGUGGUUCUGUUGUGCAUCGGGCAGGGACCAGUCGUUCACGUUCAGAGCACGCAGCUGCAGUUUGGCAGGAUCCCGGUUCUGAAGGACGUUGUUAGAACCCUGCAGCUGCUAAACCAGUCGCCUAUUCCAGCUCACUUUACCACUCGCAUGAGCAAUUCGAAGUCCUUUUGGCGUGUCGAGCCCAGCGAGGGGGAAGUGCCACCGGAUGCCCAGCUGGAGCUCAAGGUUGUGGCGCACUUGAAGGACACGCUUCAGUUCCAGAAUACGCUAGAGGUGUCCAUACAGGACAGUCGGACACACGCUGUCCGUCUGUCAGCCACUGGCACCGGCACUACUAUAGUCAGCGACAAGCCUCUGGGCCCCAGCCUCGACCUCGGCACGCACUUCAGCCAUGCUCCGUGCCAGUACCACUUCAAGCUGACCAACUGCGGCCAGCGGAGGCACCUGAUGUACUGGAGGAACGCCGGCUUCCCGUCCUCCACAAAAACCCGCAAAGGGGACAGCUCACCGAGCCGAACCUUCCUGCCCCCCAUCCCCACUGCCAGGCAGGGAGGCUCAUCUUUAAUAUCCUCCAGCAGAGAGAAGCCACUGUUCAGCCUCAGUCCGUCUCGUGUGGAGCUUUUUCCAGGUGGCUCCGUCGACAUGGUGCUGACAGGAUCUUCAGACUCACCUGUGGUUGUACGUGAGCGUCUCGUGUGCCAAGGCAUUAUUGGUGCACAGGGCUCAAAUGAGCACAUCAUGUCUGUAGACAUUAUUUGUCGCUUUGUGGCUCCAGUGCUCAGCAUUUCCUCAAAGGAGCUGAACUUCUACAUAAAGAAGGACAAAGGGAAGCGUCUGCUGCCCGUCUAUGAGAAGCUGGUCUUAAAGAAUGUGUCAUCUUUGUCUCGAUCAGUGGAGCUUUCGCUUGUUGAGCCGUUUUCUCUUUGUGAGGAUCCAGGAGACCACAUCUCUGCUACAACAAAGUCCAUGGUUGUAGGUGCCAGGAGUCAGGCUGAGUUGUGGAUAUGCUUUAAUCCAGCUUUCUAUCCUGAUCGGGUGUCUCGAACUGUGGAUGAGUUCCUUGAGGUACAUUACCCUGGACACCAACAGGAAGACAUGGUGAGUCUGCACGCCGAGGUCCACCACCCCAACCUAAGCUUCUCCUCCACCACAGUGGAUUUCGGUUGCGUGUUCAACUGCACAGGGACUCGCAAAGUAAUCACAAUCACCAACUGCUCACCACUGCCUGUGUCCUACCACUGGGGUUUUCUGGAUGACCAGAAGCACAGUAACAUCAGAGAGACAGAGAUGCUCGUGGAGGAGAGGAAGCAGAGAAAUCCAGAGAGCCAGACUGAAGAAUUGCAGAGUUCUUCUGGGAUGCUCUCUCCUGCCUUUUCAGUUUCUGUUAGCCGCAGGCCGAGCACAGAUGAGCAGAGCAGCACACAGUGCCCUGUGCGUGUGGAAGAGGUGUUUGAUAUCUUGCCGAAGUAUGGACAGCUGCAACCUGGGGACCAGCAGCAGGUCACGCUCUUCUUCUAUGGCCACAAAAAUGCCAGCAGGGAGGUGGUGGCCCAGUGCCAUGUAGAGGAGGGUCCUUCGUAUGAAGUCAAGCUCAGAGGAGAAGCAUCAGUAAUCAGCUACAGCCUGGACUUCACUCAUUUGGACUUUGGCCUGCAGCAUUUUCAACAUGUAGGGGAAGUUGAGGUGACCCUCAGGAAUACUGGCAAGGUGGGCUUCAAAUUCAGCGUACGCCCACAAAGGGAGACGGAGGAGGAGGCUGAUGAGGAGGCAGGAGAGAAGCUGAAGGCCUGGGAAGAGGAAGAGCAGCGACCAGACGCACAGCAGGAGGUCAGACCUGGGAGGCCUAUUGUCGUCCCUACAGUGGGCUACAUUGAUGCCGGUAAAGAGCAGUGUCUGCGUGUGCUCUACCUCCCGGGCAUCCCCGAGGUGUUCGAGAAGCUGCUUCAGCUGCAGGUGGCUUUCCUCCCGCCACAGGACAUCACUCUGAGUGGAGUGGGAGUAUUCCCAAGGAUCAGCUUGAAUUUGCCACGAAACCUGUCAGACGAGUGCUACAGUGAUGUGGUGCAGCAGGCCAGAGCAGCUGUGGAGGCAGAUAGAGUCAGAGAGGAGCUUAUGGAUGGAAUUACUGCUGGCCGAGGAGCAACAACAGAAGCUACCUGCACAUUCACAUAUGAAGAGCUGCUUCACAUGGAGAUGGAGAGAUUGCUGGUCAAAGAAAAUGCUCUCGCUGCGUCCGGCAGCCUGCUGGAGCUCAGAGACUCGCAAGGUUGCUCAGGGAAGUGGCACAAACUCAGCAAGUUCCUGCUGCCAGAGUAUGUUCUCGACUUUGGUUAUGUCAUUCUCGGCAAUGUUGUCAGUCACACUGUAAAUGUCACCAAUCGUGGAUCAAUACCUGUCUCCUUCAGCGGCAAUUGCAAACAUCUUGCGGGCACAGGGUUCACAGCAGAAUUUGAGAGAGUGAAGAACCUGCCCUGUGGCGAAACCCACACCUUCACUGUUAAAUUCGAUCCUCAAGGAGCCAACCUGAAGAUGGGGGACACGAGUGUUAUCAUGCCAAUACAGGUUUCAGGUGGUCCAAUGGUGCAGGUGCGACUGUGUGCAGUGGUAACCAAGCCAGCUGUCACCGUUUCCAGGGAUACGCUGCAGUUUGACACAGUACAGUGUGGCAUGUGUCAGAUGAAGACGAUACAGCUGCUAAAUGACGAGCUUGUGCCUUGUUAUUGGAGCAUAGCUGAGGAGGUGAAGCCCUUCAAAAAGGUUGACAAGUUCCUGCCUCUCCACAAGCGUAAAAAGAUCCUGCAAGAGCAACGUCCACCUCCAGCGGUGUUUGAGAUGGUUCCCUGCUCCGGUCUGCUGUCACCUGGUGAACGGGUCAAUGUCCACGUCAAGUUCAGCCCUACCGAGGGGUGUGCUUACAGCAGGCAGCUCGUGGUCCACGUGGCUGAGAACACCCAGCAGGUGUUCAUUACAGCUCAGGGUCAGGGCGAGGAGCCACAACUCGAGUUCUGCCCGUCGGUACUGGAGCUGGAGCCUUGUCUCCCCGUCAGCACUGAAACUGAGGCUGAGGUCACUGUCAAAAACCCCUGCUCAUUUCCCAUCGAGUUUUACUCCCUGGAACUCGACACGCAGUACCUCAAGGAGGAAAAGAUCCUGCGUCUGCUGCAGGGUUACGAUGAGAACAAGACAUUGCUGCUUCCUCCCAGGAUCCCUGGAGAAGGUCUUCCUGCAGAGCUGCUUGACUAUUUCAAGGACCAUUGCUCUCUGCUGAAAGAUGAUGAGCUGAAAGCAGGCGUGGAUAAAUAUGAAGCUGAGAAAAAUGGCACACAGGAAGAAAUAAAGCAGUCAAAACGAAAUGAUGCCCAUCCAGAAAUUAGCCCUUUAAGUGUGAGACCAGCAGAAAUAUUUGUUUCAGAGUUGACCAGAGAGGGAAGCAGUGGGAGACUGGGACAGCUAGAGAUGACUCCCGUCUCCAGAGCGAUUGCCCGACACAUGGGUGUUGACCUGUCACCAGAGAGCCUGGCUGCACGCAACCGCAGAGGCAUCGCUAUUAUUGUAUACGGAGCCCCACUGACUGAUAAGAGCAGCACAGCAGCUGCUCUGGCGCGUCACUACGGAGCGUCGAGCCUCAGCGUUGAUGCCGUGGUUACAGAUGUUGUUCUAAAAGGCACAUCACCGGUUAGCCUGACAGCAAGACAACUGUAUAACAGCGCUGCUGCAGAAUAUGCUCAGAGGAAGGCUGUGGAAGCUGCUCAGGCCGUUGAUGAUGCCACUGAACCAGAACCAGCAGCAGCUCCUGAAGCCUCGGAUCCAAAUUCAGCUUCAGCUGAUGCAGUGGAAGGUUUUGCAAAACGUCCUGAGGACAGCCGCAGUAAAAAUGACCCCAAGGCUCAGCUGGAUGAUGAGAACUCACACGUUGCCUUUUGCCUGGGAGAUGAUGCAGCCACACUCAGCAGUCUCUUGCAUGAACAGCUACUGGUUGAUGUCCUGGCUGAAAGAUUUCAGUUAAGCGAUUGCUACCGUGGAAUAGUGAUUGCCGGCCUGGAGUCAGCGUACACUCAGUCUGCAGCGAGCACGUUGAAAGUCGUUCUCAAGGCCCUUAACAACCGCAAACACAUCUAUGCAGUCAACUUGUCCGACUCCUACGCUGCCCUGAAGGCACGAGAAAGAGCACAGAGAGAAGCUGAACAGGCUCUGCAGAAGGAGAAAAUGGACAGGGAGCAGCAGUGGAUGCAGGAGCUGGAUGAGGAGCAGUACGAAGCUCUGUCAGAGGAGGAGAAGAAGAGCCUCACCCAGCGACACAUGGAGACACUCAAACAGCAGAAACUCAGGGAGCAGAUGGAGAAAGAGCUUGAAGAAAAGAGGCAACAGGAGGAGAUACAGAGGUUGAAGGAAGAAGACUUGAAAAGGAAGAAAAAGGGAGGAAAGAAGGACAUCAAAGAAGUAUCAAGGAAGAAGAGCUUGUUGGAGAGAAAGCAGUCAACAGGAGCACUGAAUGGACAGAGGAUGUCUUCCUGUGGCAACUCGAAAGAGUCGCUAGUGGACGCAAAAGAGACAUUUAACUCAAAUGAAGUGCAUCAUGGCAAAGAGGCUAAUGAUGCACAAAAGCAGACAGAAGAAACCAAAGCAUCCAAUGCAGAAUCUCCUCAACCUGCAGGCAAACUGGAGAAAGAAAAGAGUACAGAAACUGCAGCGAUAAAGAGGCAAGCAGAAGACAAGGAGCUGAAGACAGGCAAAAAGGUGACAGAGAGAGAUAAUAAAGAAGUACCAGAGAAGAGAAGCCCGUCUGGCAUAAAGCACAUGUCGGUUGUGGAUAAGCUGCAGUCUCAGUUCAGUGACUAUGAGCAGAGCCAGGUCCAGGUGGAGCACAUCCUGCGUCAUUGGGACCGGACCCGGGGCUUGUUGCUGGUCCCGUUCCCCAGCAAAGAAGCCCCAGCAGGUUUACAGGAUGCCUCAGCAGAGAAACCGUCCCCCACUGGAAAGAGAAGCAAGAAAGUCAAUAGCAAGUCCGUUCUGUCUCCGCUGCCCAGUCAGAUAGCAGCAGCAGCUGAAGCAGACACAGCAGGAGACAAUCCGUCUCAGCUGGACGUCAUCCCUCACAUUGUGCUAAAUGCAACAGAAAAAGACUAUGUGAGUGCUGCAGAGCUGCUCAAAGGCAGCACUCUGCCUCCACUGGACAAGGUGUUGGAUGAUCUGGGGUUGGGACCGAGCGGCCCACCGAUCCCUCCUCCCACCACAUUCUCUAUUGUUACUUUCCCCAAACACAGGGAGCAAGCCACCAUUCAACAGAGCUGCUUUACCUUCCUGAUUCCUUCAGGGCCGGACGAACAGGACGAGGAGAAGAAAGCGUCAGAGGAUAUGCAAGCAUCAAUUGUAAAGGUAAUGGAUGAAGCACCAACAACGGCCUCGAAAAGUCGCAGCAAGGGCAACAUAAAGGAGAGUGCACUGCCAAAGGACAAAGACAAAAAGGGCAGAGAGAGUCAGCGGAGCAAGAGACGAACGAAAACAAAAGCCUCGGACUGGCCUCGUUCACUUUCACGGACCGCUUCCGUCUCUGACUGCGCCGAGCAGGACCAACACCAGGGAGACUUAGAGCUGAAACGCAGCCAGAGCCUGACAACAUUUCGCUGGGUUGUACCAGCUGGCGGUGAGGUGGUGCUAAAGAUGUGGUUCUACUCAGAGACACCGGGGACGUUCGAACAGACCUUCAACUUUGAGCUAGUUGGGAUCCAGAGACGCUACCAGCUCAUCUGCAGAGGAGUUUGCACCUAUCCCUCCAUCAGCAGAGACUACAUGACACUCUUUGCCUUCAGUAAGAAGGUGCCACAAAUGAAAGAAGGGCUUCACAAGACGUAUGUGAUCAAACCUGGAUACUUUGAGUUUGGGCCUUUACUCUGUAGCAAGACCAGAGACAGAUACAAGGAAAAUAAGUACCCAGAGAACACAGAGAAGCUGGUGAUUCAUAACAACUCAGGUCUGGAGGCCGAAGUCCAGUUCUGUUUCCAGCAUGAUACUCAGGCAACCACAUUUCUGCUGAACCCCCCGAUGAUGACCCUCAAGCCUGGUCAGAAACAGGAGCUGACAGUGUGGGCCUACCCAACAAAACUGGGACAGAUGAAGGACAGCGUGGUUUGCCAUAUCAAGGACAAUCCAGAGCUUGUGGUCGUCGAGCUCUCCUGCUGGGGCGUUCGACCGGAGCUGGAGCUGGAAAAGAAGCAAAUGCAUUUUGACCGGAUUUUGCUGCACAGGAGCGACACACGUAGCGUGACAAUGCAUAAUAAGACAGCUCUGCCGGUAUCCUGGAGGCUGCAAGGCGUGGAGGAGUUAGGAGACGAGUUCACCGUGCCGCAGGAUCACGGCAUCAUCGCUCCCAACUCCUCUUUACCUUUGAGCUUGCACUUCAGACCCAGAAAGCCACUGCAUGUCAAGAAGAUCUUACGUCUGGAGGUAUCUGAUGUGGAGAAGAUUGUUGGAAUUGUGCACACUGAAAACAUACAGGUCACUGCUGAAGCCUAUGAUGUAUCUCUGGAUAUCAUACCAGAUGGACAUCUAGACUUUGGAACCAUCAGAGUCUUUGAAGAGGUCAAGCUGUCUCUCAAAUUGAAAAACCUCGGAAAAUAUGAAAUCGCCUACAAGUUUGCUUUUGAGCGGACAGACCCAACCCAGCCAAAGCUGGACUCGAUUUUCUCAGUUUCUCCCCAGAGUGGAGCUAUAAACCACAACGAGAAGCCCGCCAUAGUGCACAUCCUCUGCAGACCCAAUAAGGAAUUCUCAGUCAGGGAGCAACCUAUCCUGUCUUGCCAGGUGAUUGAACCCAAAAUUGGAAAAGGAGGAGAAACCAUAGCCAUCAUAAAAAUCAAGGUUUCCGUCGAGUCUGUGUUCUCCAGAUACAAGAUCACACCUGUGUGUGAUAUUAACUUUGGCCCGCUGGCUUACGGCUCCCAGAAACACCAGAGCUUCUCCAUUGAAAACAGCGGAGUCUUUGAGGCCCAGUACACCAUCCGCAGCACGAUCACAGACCCUUCCCUUCUCAUGAGGCCCGGGGGUCCAGCUAAGGCGAUGCAUCCAGAGAGUCUCUCAGGGAGACCCAGCAGUCCCAUUUUCCCUCCUUCCUCUGAUUCUUCCAUGUGUCCCUCCCAGAAUCGCCUCACCACAGGGGUGUUCUCAGUGUUUCCCUGCACAGGGACCUUGCAGCCUGGGUCUCAGCAGAAGGUGACAGUGGACUGUGUAGCUGAACAGCUGGGAAGCUGGAACCAAGGUCUGCUUGUUGACAUCAGUGGCCGGGACCCCUCAGACCACCCCGAUGGCAUUCCUUACAGACUGCUGGCUGAAGUCUGCAAGCCAGGUAUAGUGUUAGACAUGGCCUCCAUCUUUGAGGAACACCAUCUGUGUCACAGCAGCAGCCAGCUCUCCUCUGAGCAAUUUUGCAAUGCUGAAUGCAUUUAUGUUCUGGAGGAGAACAAGUUUAUAUUCAACAAAGUCCUGGUGGGACAAACCGCUCAGGCUCGCUUCAAACUCACCAACAACAGCAAGGUGUCCUGCGUGCUCAGCUUGGCCAUCAAAUAUGUUGGCGCUAAGACAUCUCGAAACAUGGAGGUCUUUGGUUUGUCUCUUACAACACUGAGCAUUCCCAACCAGUCACAGGCGUUUGCUGUGGUCACCUUCACACCUCAGGCAAUGCAGCUCUACCGUGCUGUCUUUGAGGCCACGAUUGAGGGAACCAGCAGAACGACACCCACAGUCAAAGGCAAGGUGCUGGAGUUCGACCUGAUCGGAAAGGGAACUCUUCCCAGCGUGUGUGUGGUGCGUCCGGCUUUGAGGAGCUGCGACGGAAACCCAAUGCUGCAGUUUAGACGCGUGUUGGUAGGACGCAGACACACCAUGCCCCUGGUGCUGCUCAAUGAUGGAAAUAUUCCAGCUCAGGUCCAGAUUGAGAUGCUGGAUAAACAUGAUGCUUUCGCCCUCAAAGCUGCUCCUGGCAACACUUGCAGCUCCACACAGAUUGACAGCAUCACUGCCUCAGAGCAUCAGGUGAUGCACAGAGCCACUCUGAGGCUGGAUGUUAAUGAAUCGGUGGAGUUUGAGGUCUGCUUCUGCUCUGACAAACCCCUGAGUGUCAAGACACAGAUGUCCCUGCAGGUGGAGGACAACCAGUACAGCAAUACCACGAUACAAGUGACAGGAGAGGCCUACCAGGAACUCGUCUCUUUGGAUAACAUCAACCGGUCAUCGCAGGAAAUGGAUCAGGAGGAGGACGAGGAAGAUAAUUACGAGGUGCUGAAUUUUGGCGACUGCCACGUAGACUGGCCAUACCAAGAGAGUUUCACCAUGACCAACCACGGCAGCAGCCAGGUGGUGAGGUUUGAGUGGCAUCCAGGUGGACCCCAUCUCGUCUUUUCACCGCAGGUGGGUCACCUUCAUGCUGGUUGUUCGAAGGAAGUGACUGUCACCUUUAGGUCCAGUCAGCCAGCAGCUCUGAGCAGAGAAUCAGUGAGAUGUAAGAUUUGUCAGGUGGAGUUCCAGCAGCCACUUGAGCAGGUGGCUGACUGGGACGACAGGAAGAGGACGGUGCAGUGGCUGAGCUCCUCAAAGCAGGCUUCAGAUGCACCUCAGCAGCCUGUGCAGAAUAAGGUGAUAAAGACAGAUCCUGAGCCCAGCUGCUCUGUGGUCGAGGGCUCUCAGUGGGAGUUGGAUUUGCGUGUCAGUGCAGUUUGUGACUAUGCAAAGUUCAGCUGCAACACCGACACCAUCCACUUCAAAGACACCAUGCUUUACCAAACCAGGCUCCACCAAUUGCAGAUAGUGAAUGAGGGCAAAGUCAGAGUGGAUUUCUCCUGGCAAGUCUUCAUGGAUCCAAACAGCAGCACUGUCAGCCGUGACCAAGGAGAUGGGACUUCCACCCCUCGACCUGGCAGCCGGUCAGCAGGAUCGCGGACUGGAUCUCGACCUUCCAGCGCUCUGGCUAGCGUGAUGUCUGUUCUGACGGGGAACCUCGAGCUGCCUCCUCUCAGCGUUGAGCCCAACUUCGGCGCCAUAGAGCCUGGAGCCACACAGAACUUCAGCGUUUGCUUUUCACCGCUGGAGGUGGCCCAGUUUCAGGGCAGACUGUUGUGCAGCAUCUCCAACCUGCAGAAUGGGGAUGAGGCCCCCAGUAUGUCAGUGUGCGGCCGCAGUGUGUUGCCCCACUGCCACUUUGACCUGGAGGACUCGGACUACAUCACCGGAAACCGCCGCAACCCCGAAUUCAGGAGCCCUCUGGACCCCAACACCAGGGUUUUAGAGUUCAAUGCCAUCGGAGUGUCUGCACCAGCAACAAGAUCUUUCAGUGUGGUGAACCCAACCAGUAAGCCCUACUUAUUCCAGUGGAGGUGUGAGGACACAGCUGGUGGUCUGUUCAACUGUCUCACACCGUGUGGAACCAUCCAAUCUGGGAAUAAAGUGGAAAUGUGUUUUGAAUAUGCAGCUGAGCAGCUGGAUGCGAUGGAGUCACUCUGGAGCUUUGUGAUUGAGACUCUGUCAGUGUCUGUUCCCUUCCUGUUUGUGGGAACAGCUAGAGAGCCACUCGUUUAUCUCGACAGACCUCAUCUUGACUUUGGAGAACUGCAUGUUGGUCAUAAAGCGGAGCAGACAGUAGAUGUGGUGAAUGCAGAGGAGGAGCCCUUCCACUUCACUGUCCUGCAGUCGUCUCUUCUCUGUGAAGACCAGCAAUCAAGCCUCAAUGUGCAGCCAAUGACUGGCACAGUGGCACCAAAGGACAGGUUGCCAUUGUCAGUGUCCUUCACACCUUCCUUGGAGGGAAAUGUGAGUUUCAGACUGGUACUGAGGGUGAAGAGGAAGUCAGAGCCGCUCACACUGACAGUUAAGGCCGACUGUUUCACCAUGAGCGCUUCUGUUCAAGUUCAGAAUCCAGACGGAGGCCUCAACGAGAACCACCAAGACCCUCUAGACUUUGGGAAGGUGGGGAUUUCAGAGCAAUCAGCCUUUAAUUUCCUGGUGUCCAAUCAAGCAAAAUUCACCAUGGAAGUGAACUUUGACCUGACGGGUCCCACAGAGCUGCUGCAACACUUGGAGGCAAAACCACAAAAUGGUACUAUUGAGGUUGGAAAGCAGCUGCAGUCAGCACUGUUCUUUAGUCCACUGAAAAUGUGCAACCUCCGGGACAUCGGACUUAAUAUCAAGGUGAAGUACGGGCCAACAUUUGCCUUCGCCAUCAAAGGCAGAGCUGUGGCGCCUAGCCUUGAGUUCUCCUUCACCAAGUUCAACUUUGGCAAGUGCUUCCUGUACUGUCCUGGAAUGGUGCCGCCAUCCCGGACUCUGGUGAUAAGCAACAAAGGCAAAAGGGACGUCAGCAUCCAGUGUCAGUUCAAGAACACUGCUUUCCUUGAGAUGGACUUCCAGCCAGAUGUUUUGUCCCCUGGUGCUGCGAUGGAGGUACCGGUCACCUUCUGUCCUCGUGAGGUGUGUCGAUAUCACGAGAAGCUCACCUUCAUCAUAAGCAGCUGUAUCACAAAACAGGUGGACGUAUUGGGACAAGGCAUUGAGAUGAAGCUGGAAGUGGAGGAUCCCAAACAGAAGAAGGUGAAACUGGGAUCUCUGACUUUGGGUCAGAAGGUGAAAAAACAAGUGGUUCUAAUCAACCGCAGCAGUUUAGAUCUUUCUUUCAUCCUGGCGCUCAACACAAACACACCUCUGGAUCUGAAGGAUCUGUCUUUCAGGCCGGCAGGCGAGCUGAAACUGAAAUCUAACGGCGGCUCGUGUAAUGUUGAGAUCCAGUUCUCACCUCGUCAGCACGUUGCUCCCUUCACUGCCGAGCUGCAGGCAGAGUUUUCAGGCUUGGUACACCCCCUGCUGACCAUUGAAGGGUGCUGCCAGGAUGUGGAGGUCCUGCUGGACCCAGACCACCUCUCCUUUGGAGCUGUAGUCCAGCGCUGCCAAAGCAGAAAGAAGAUUUCGAUGAGGAACACUGGAGACUGUGGUGCCAGGUUCCAGUGGAAAACAGAGAACUUCCCUGCAGAGUUGUCCAUUAAACCAGCUAAAGGAUACAUCAGCCCCGGCAUGGAGGUUCCCUUAGACGUGACUUUCGCCCCCGUGGAGCUGAGUAAUGACACCAGAUAUGAGAACUUGUGUUGCUUUGUGGAAGGAUCCUCCUCCGCCAUCACGCUCACCGUCACAGGCUCCUGCAUCGCCGCCUCCACCAGCAAAGAGGUGCUGAAUUUUGUUUGCCCGGUGCGAAGCUCUCACACCCAGACACUGUCGGUGCUCAACCCCACAAACCAGCGCUGCAGCAUCACACCUGUGAUUGAGGGCGAACAAUGGAGGGCUUCGCCUUUUGUGGCCCUCGAACCCAACCAAAACAAGACUUUCAAGAUCACCUACCAACCACUGACCAUGACUGCUGAUGGAAAGAAACACCAGGGAUCAAUCUUUUUGUCCUUCCCCGAUGGGACGGGCAUGCUGUACGCCCUGCAGGGAACCGCUGAUCCUCCCAAAGCAGUAGACACCAUAGUGCACGAGCUGCCGGCCAAAACUCACCACACGGAGCUGCUGCCUGUUCACAACUGGCUCUCCAGGCAACAGCGGUUUUGUGUGCUGUUGGAGACGGUGAAGCCGGACAAACCAGAUCCUACAGUCGUCCUCACGGGGCUCAAGUUCAUCGACGUUCCUGCUCUUGCCAGCAGAGACUACGAGAUGUCUUUCUUUACAUACAGAGAGGGACAAUAUAACACCAAGGUGACCUUUCGUAACGAGGUGACAGGCGAGUACUUGUUCUACCUCGUUACCUUCAAAGCCACAUCUCCAGGAGUCCUGUCCACCAUUGAGGUGGCGACUGCUGUUCGACGCACCGUCUCGGGCGCAGUGGAGGUGGAGAACCCCCUAACCACACCUGUCUGCUUCACCCCUGAGUGUAAAAGCCUCGACAUCAGUGUACCACCUCAGCACACCGUGUCGGGACAGUCCAAGGGUGUUUUGAGGUUUGAGUAUCAGCCUCUGCAGGCAGGCGAGUCGACAUCACGGCUGACUCUGUCCAGUAAUGAGCUGGGCUUCUUCCACUACGACCUGCUUCUCAGAGCUCUGCCUCCGCCGUCGGAGAAAACAGUGCAUUUCAACGCUCUACUGGGCAGCAGCCACACCGUCCUGGUCAAGUUCAUCAACCACUCCCGCAUCAAAACCGAAUACGCCUGUUUGACGGAUUGCCCAGACUUCAGCUUGGACAAGAGCGUUCGAGCGUCUCCAGGUUUCCAGGAGGGGUCGGAUGCCAGCGUGGAAGUUUGUUUCGAGCCUCAUCAGCUGGGCGAAGUGAGAGGCCAGCUCAGCCUGUCCUCGGUAAUUGGUGGUGAAUACAUCUUUCCCUUACACGGGGUCUGCCUCCCGCCGAAAGCUCAGGGUCCGUUCAACAUCAAGGCCGGUCGCAGCGUCACUAUCCCCUUCAAGAACGUGUUCCCGCAGGCCACAGCUUUCUCUUUUCAGGUCAACAACCCCUGCUUUACUGUCAAAGGAAGGGACAACAUCCUCCCUAAAAAGACCCAAAACAUCGAGGUGUCCUUUGAGGUUCCUCCAGGAGGCUCUCCAGGACCGUGGUUUGGCAGGUUGUCCAUCUCCAGCCAGCGCUCCGAGGGCAACCACAAACCCUGCUCAUGGAUCUAUUACCUGAAGGGAUACCGCCCCGAGUCAGGUUAA